CAAAACAAAAUUUAAACUAGUAAUAACGCUAAUUGAUAGCCGGCAUCCCCUAAUUUGCCAGCUACAAAAAAAAACUAACUUUCUCUCCCAAAUCUCCCUUCCCUCCUCCAACUAAUUUCUUAACUUUUUUUUAGGAGUCUCUUUAAAACCCUUUCAUUUUGAAGACUAAGUCAUACAUACAUACAUACUCAUCAUCUUCUUCACUCUUAUUUCUCUCUAACUUCCUUUCUCGUCCCCAACUAUUUUGGUGGAAUUUUCUUUUUUUCCUCUAAUGGCAAAACUUUCACAGCAAAUCAAGAACAACAAUUCUACAAGUAACAACACUAGUACUGCUGUUACUGUUACUACUACAGCAACAAAAGUGAAAAGAAAAAGAAAAAGUGUUCCUAGAGAUUGUCCUCCUCAGAGAAGUUCCAUCUAUCGUGGUGUUACUAGGCAUAGAUGGACUGGUAGAUAUGAAGCACAUCUCUGGGACAAGAAUUCUUGGAAUGAAUCUCAGAAUAAGAAAGGAAGACAAGUCUAUCUUGGUGCUUAUGAUGGUGAAGAGGCAGCUGCACAUGCAUAUGACUUAGCUGCAUUGAAGUAUUGGGGAAGAGAAACCAUCCUUAAUUUCCCUCUGGCAACAUAUGAAGAAGAGAUAAAAGAAAUGGAGGGGCAAUCCAAAGAAGAAUAUAUUGGAUCCUUAAGAAGGAGAAGCAGUGGAUUUUCAAGAGGAGUCUCUAAGUACAGAGGUGUUGCAAGGCAUCAUCAUAAUGGGAGAUGGGAAGCUCGAAUUGGGAGAGUAUUUGGCAACAAAUACUUGUACCUUGGAACAUAUGCAACCCAAGAAGAAGCAGCUACUGCAUACGACAUGGCAGCAAUAGAAUACCGUGGACUUAAUGCUGUUACAAACUUUGAUCUUAGCCGCUACAUCAAAUGGUUAAGACCCAAUAACAACAAGUCUUCAGUCACUAACACAGAUACUAAACCAGUAGUAGUUCAUCCUAGUACUCAUGAUGAUUUGAUGAACUCAUCGACCCAACACAGCCCAAGUGAAGUUGCUGCAGUUUAUCAGCCUCGGCAGAAUGGUGCAAGUUCAGCUAAGUCAUCAUCGGCAUUGGGACUAUUACUUCAGUCGUCGAAGUUUAAGGAAAUGCUUGAGAGGACUUCAUCGGAGGAGUCGACAGAAGAAUGUCCAUUGACACCAGCGGAAUCUGACCCACCCAAAUGCAGUUUCCCUGAUGAUAUCCAGACUUUCUUUGAGUGUCAAGAUUCCGGCAGUUAUGUUGAGGGUGAAGAUAACAUUUUUGGUGAUCUCAACUCUUCUUCGUUUUCGCCAAUAUUUGAUUGCGAGUUGGGUGCAUAAGGGUGGUCAGUCGACGUGCAAAGACAUUAUCUUUCUUCUUUUUUUUUUUACCUUUAGCUUAUCUUUGAUCAAGUCCUCUAAUUAGUUAAAAAGAACUUAGGGAGUUGUUAGUUCUCUAAUCUGUUUUUUCCAUUUUUGAUGUAGAUGUAGAAAAGACUAGAAAUUCAUUGCAGGUACUUAAAGGGUUUUUCUUUUUUGUGUAGUCCUAUUAUUUAUAGGAUUUUGGAUGACAUAUAAGCCUUUGAAUUCCAGUGGAAUAAUUAUAUAAACUUCUGAAAU